AUGGCGAGGCAAAAGCAAAACGAUGGAGCAUACAUCAGGAAAGGUCCAUGGACUGCUGAGGAAGAUGAGGUGCUCAUAAGUCAUGUGAAGAGAAAUGGUCCUAGAGACUGGAGCUCCAUUCGAUCCAAAGGACUCUUGCCGCGAACUGGAAAAUCAUGCCGGCUCAGAUGGGUUAAUAAGCUCCGACCGAACUUGAAGACUGGAUGCAAGUUUUCUGCAGAGGAGGAGAGGAUGGUGAUACAACUGCAAGCGCAAUUCGGGAACAAGUGGGCGAAAAUCGCGACGUAUCUGCAAGGCAGAACGGACAAUGAUGUGAAGAAUUUCUGGAGCACUCGGCGAAAGAGGUUUGAGAGGAUUCUGCAGAAAUCGACAUUCUCAAACUCCCCCAGAAACAAAGGGAAGAGCCUUGUAGCAUUUUUCUCAAAUUUCCAAGACAACCUUUUCAAAUUAACAAUUGUGAAUUCUCAGGUUUCUUCUCAUCCAAGCAAUUCCUUUUUGAAUUCUGAAGAGUUGGGAAUCGUGGAUCUACCGGAUUUGGUGAAAGCAAACCAACUGCUGAAAGUGGAAGCAGAGCAGCAGCCCAUGCUUGAGGCCACGCCAAUUAAUAUGAUCCCGUCUUCUGAUUUCCCACCACACUUAUCUUUGUCUCAGCUUCCUCAACCCCAACUAGACCUCUCGUUUUUAUCAGGAUGCAAAGAAAUUCACCAGGACCCUAUCGUUCUGAACUUGCUGGACAUGUUCGGGGAGGAGAUCCCACCUCUUGGACUGGAGGAGAAUGCUCAAGGUAACAAGUUAGGAGAGCUUAAAGACCUUUCGACUCCUGACAUUUUCUUCGAUGAAUUCCCACCUGAGAUGCUUGAUUAUCUUGAAACUCUUACAAGCUCGUCAGAGUUAUGAAUUCCUGGGAGUCUUG